UCAACAAGUCCUUCAACUGAUUCUGACAAGAAGCAGUUUAAGAACCAUUGUUCUAAAACAUGGAUGUAGAGUUUGUUUUUCUGCUGGUUCGAAGGCUUGGGAAAAUUCCCAAGGAAAAAGCCAUGUAUAUUUUCUCUUUUAUUCCUAUUACUUGGCACAAUGUGGAUAAAGAAUAGAUAUUCAAUAAACACAUAAAUACUACCUAUGUGGUCAGAGAGUUGAAGACUUUUAAAGCAAGGAGCACUAGUGUCAUAGUGUCUAAGAGUUUGGCUGCUAACCAAAAGAUCAGCAGUUCAAAUCUACCAGCUGCUCAUUGGAAACCCUAGGGGGCAGUUCUACUUUGUCUUAUAGGGUUGCUAUGAGUCUGAUUUGACUCAAGGCACAGAACAACAAGAAAAAAAAAAUCAAGGAGCCUAUUUGUGUCUUUAUUCAGGUGGAAAUUUGGGGGGAGAUAUGGUAAUGGAUAAGAGAGAAAACAGAAGGAAGGAGGAAGGGAGGAUGGGACAAAGACAGACGAAGGAAUAGAAAGAGGAGGAGGGAGAAGGAGACAGAGAGUAGAAAGAUUUGUAGUAUUCACUUCGUUUCACAAUACAGAUGCGAGAAUUUCUCUGAAAUAAGCACCUCUUUUAGAUCUCUUUCCUAUCACUUCCAUCAUCAGACUCAUCAACAACAUGACAUCAGAAAACCAAACUGGUGUAGCAGCAUUCUCCCUCCUGGGGCUCUCAGAGGAUUCAGAACUGCAGCCCUUCCUGUUCGGACUAUUCCUGACCAUGUACCUCGUCACUGUGUUGGGGAACCUACUCAUUAUCCUGGCCAUCAGCUCAGACUCCCACCUCCACACCCCCAUGUACUUUUUCCUCUCCAACCUGUCCUUCACUGACAUCUGUUUCAGCACCACCACGGUCCCCAAGAUGCUGGUGAACAUCCAGACACAGAACAAAUCCAUCAGUUACACAGGCUGCCUCACCCAGGUUUGCUUCCUCAUGAUAUUUGCAGGCAUGGAAAAUUUUCUCCUUGCAGCAAUGGCCUAUGACCGCUAUGUGGCCAUCUGCCAACCACUGAGGUACACAGUCAUCAUGAACUCUCACCUCUGUGGUCUGCUGAUUCUACUCUCCUUGUUCAUUAGUUUGGUGGAUGCCCUGCUCCACAGUCUGAUGAUACUAAGGCUGUCCUUCUGCACAGACAGGGAAAUCCCUCACUUCUUCUGUGAGCUUGCUCAGGUCAUCAAACUUGCCUGCUCCAAUACUCUUCUCAAUAACAUCCUGACAUAUUUACUAACUAGCGUACUGGGUAGUGUUCCUCUCCUUGGGAUUAUUUUUUCUUACUUUAAAAUUGUUUCUUCCAUUCUGAGAAUACCAUCAGCUGGUGGAAUGUAUAAGGCUUUCUCCACCUGUGGGUCUCACCUGUCAGUGGUUUUCUUAUUCUAUGGGACAGCUUUUGGGGUGUACAUUAGUUCUGCAGUUACUCGUUCUUUCAAGAAGACAGCAGUAGCCUCAGUGAUGUACACUGUGGUCCCUCCAAUGAUGAACCCAUUUGUCUACAGCCUGAGGAACAGGGACAUGAAGGGAGCCUUGAAGAAACUCCUGCAGAGAACAUUUUCUUUUUCAUGAUUUUUUCAUCUGCCUUAGGCUUAGACUUCUAGAGUGAGUCAUUGUGAAAGAAAACCGGGUGAAUCAGAAUGUUAGACUCUUUUAUUAACAGUUCUUUUUUUUCGUUUCGAUGAUAAAAAACUUUAUAUGUUUAUCAAUUCAAAUGCAUUUUUACUUAUGAGUAUAUUUAUUUACUUACACAUGCUUCUGUCUUGUGAUAAUUUUUACCUUAUUAGCAAGGCAUGUUAAAGCAUUUAUUUAUUUAUG